AUGCUGCCACAUUAUGAAGGGAAACUUGCCCGAGUAAAGGGGACGUCGAUCGCCGAGUUUCUAAAGGGAAAGGGCUUCACUUUGGGACCGACAUCUAUUUCCCGCGUUAAACAAGGCAUCGAGGCAAACAACGAGGCUCCUGGCUCUCAACUCGUCCCCACGCUGUCAGUUGAGCGCAAGAAGCUGGCAAUUUUUGGCGGACAAUGA